UUGCCUUUGGAAUAGUUUCCUUUCUUUCUGUUAAAAAUAACGUCAUUGAAAUAAAAAUCAUGUCUUUUUGUUUAAAGUUUUAAUCGGUUUUUUAAUCUUGACCUUUACGCAUGAAUCAUGUAAUGUAGACUUAAACUUAUAUUUAGUUUUUUCUAUUUAGUAUAAGGUGCAACAAAUGUUAAAUCCUUUUAGAAUUAACAGAGGUUAUACUUGGUUCGUUAUGAUUUAACUCUUUCUCUUCAAAUUUGCUCUCACAAUGGAUUUUGUGAAAACCGAGGAUCGUGUUUUAUUAGAUGAAGAAAACUAUAAAACCUACAUGGAAAACCUUCAAAAAUCCCAUCAAAUUGAGAGUAUGGAUUACCAAUAUAAUGUAACUAUGGAACAAAUACAGUUGGCUAUGCAGUCUUCCUUAAAUCCAAAUUUAAUGCAUAAUUUCCAAUUGCCACUGUCUCCACGACAAAUGUCCACACUUAUGUUGAAAACCAAUCACCUCUCACGCACACUAAAUUUCAAUGAGAUACCUGCACAUUUACAAAAAAGUGAUUUGGAGCUUAUGAAUGAAAUAAGACAAGAUGAUUUAUUAAAUCAAAACUUGAAUAGAAACCUAGAGAUGGCAAGGAAUGAUUUAGCUCAAAAUAUAAAUAGGAAUUUGGAGUUAAGAGCUGAUUUAGCACAAAACCGAAGUUUGGAGUUAGCACGAAAUGACUUAGUCCAAAUAAAUAGAAAUGAUUUGGCACAAAAUUUGAACAGAAAUCUUGAGUUGGUACAAAACUUCAAUAGAAAUAUGGAUUUAGUUAGGAAUGAUAUUGAAAUGCAAGCAAAUUUACAUAUUGAUACCCAAAGAAUGGAUAUGCAGAACCCAAACAUAGAUAUGAUGAACAGAAUAGACAAUGACCUUGCUAAUAGCCAAGAGGAAAGACGGUCACCAUUAUAUGAUAGUCAUGUGCUGAAACAACAUUUAGACAGAUUUGAUUAUUCGAUGAACCAGAAAAUUGAUCAAAUAUUGGCACAAAGGAUGGAGUUGGGCCAACGUUUGGAUCAAAGAAUAGGGAAUGGUAUAGAGCACAGGGUUGAACAAAAUGAUUUGCCAAUUCCUUUUUAUAUAAAGCCAGAACAGGAGGAAGAUUUAGGAUUUUAUGAUAAUAUGAGUCAAGGGCUAGCUAACACAGUCAAUGGUGAAAUACCACAGCAGGAACUGCAAUCGCCUACGACUCAUCAAGACCAUAUCUUCUCAGUUUACAAUAACCAUUUGCCCAUACAAGCUCUAAAUUCCUUAGAAAUUUAUCAGCGCCAACAAAACUAUACCCAAAACUACGUAAACGAAGUGGCCAGGGACAACCCCCAAAAUUUAGUCAUCCAUAGACAAUUUGACACCCCUACCUUUAACGACGAAAUAAAAAAACUGCGACAAGAUGGCGGCAAAUUUGAAAUGUCAAAACAUGAAGACCCAAAGGAAAAUCUUAAACCGGAUGAAAAUAAGAUUUUUUAUUACGAAAAAAAUGAGAAUGAUUCCAGCGUGAAUAAUAAAAUUGAUGACCUCUCAAUGAAUAUCAAGGGGCAGUAUAGCUGCUUUAAAUGUAAGGAGGUGUUUCCUUCGAAGAGGAUACUUAAACAACACGCGAAAAACUGCGAAAAUGGUUUGAGUGUCGAAGAAUUGGACAAAUUAGGGAAGUUCAGUUGUUCCCAGUGUGCCUACCGGUGUCAAUCACCUGCCAUAUUGAAAAUUCACGAACGUACGCACUCAGGGGAAAAACCGUAUGCGUGUACAUUUUGUGACUACAAAUCUGGACAGAAAAACAAUGUAGCAAAACAUAUCCUUGUUCAUAUGAAGCAAAAACCGUUCCGCUGUCAGUUUUGUGAGUAUCGUUGUGCACAAAAGAACAAUUUAGUCGUUCAUGAGCGAACACAUACCGGCUAUAAGCCAUUUGCUUGCCCUUUCUGCGAAUACCGAACGGUGCAAAAGCCAAAUUUAGUCAAACAUAUGUACUUACACACCGAUCAAAAACCAUUUAGUUGUGAUAUGUGUAGUUAUAGGUGUGUCCAAAAAACAAACCUAACAAAACACAAACAGAGACACAUGAAUGAGAAAGAGGGGGAAAAAGUUGAUUUCAAAGUACAAAGUAAACCCUAUAGACCAAGACAAAAGUCUGUCAAAUGCCCUCAUUGCCCGUACAAGUGUGUCCAAAAGUCUAGUUUAGAGAAACACCUCCAUUUUAAACACAGUGAAGAAGGAAGAAGUGAUUUUAGUGUAGGACAAAGUGAAUUUUCCGCAGCUCAAAGUGAAUUUAAUGCUUCCCCAAACGAUUUUAGUGCUGAUAAAAGUGAUUUCAGCGCUACACAAAAUGAUUUUAGUGCUGAUCAAAAUGAUUAUAGCGCUGAUAAAGGUGAUUUUAGUGGAAAUGAAGAGUUAUGUGAUACAAUACAGAAUUUAAGUGUUAAAAAAGAUACUCAGUUUGAUUGCGUUGACAAAAUUGUUGAAUCUCUGCCGAUUCAAGCAUAGUCAAUGUGAUAUAAAAAUCCAAGAUUAUGUAUUUGGCCAAUAUUUUUGACAUAACAUAUGACAACUGUUCAAAUCUUGGGUUUCUAUAUCAAUACUUAUUACAAACCAUGGACAGUUUAUACAUUAUUUUUAUUAAAACAUUUAAAAGUUAAUAAUAAUAAAAAUAGUAACCCAACAAUUGGAUUACAUGAAUAAUGUUUUAAAUUUUAAACUGUAGUUAAAUAAUUUAAUCAGAUGUAAUAGUUAAUUAAAAAUAAUUUAAAUAAUAAUUCUGUCUAUGGUUUGUUCCUGUCUAGUGAUCUGAUUUGACUUAAGUUUGUUUAUGUAGAUGGCGCUACAACAUUCAGUUACAAUUGAAUUCAUUACACUUAAAACACUUUUACAUGGCUGGUCCAAUAGAACAACUUUGUUAGUGUUGUCUAAAAUAAUUAGAUAGCUCUGGUUAUAAAUAAGCAAGGUUUAAAAAUUCUGUACCACCGGUAUCGUUUUCACUUGUAUUGGUACAAUCGUACACGUACACCAAUGUAUCCUAAUUUAUGUAUUCUGUCCCAUGCCGCCUCUUAUUAUUCUUUGCAGACCGAAAGUGGGAUAAGAGGUCGAAGCCC